ACACGUCUCCGAUUUCGAGUGCCAGCGUAGACGAGGGACAACAAGUAGAGGCGUACAACGCCUGGGUCGAUACUGCUAUAAAUCAAGAAAUAACGGGAAUCACACAGUAUCAGACAUCCGAGCCCGCGCUCACUCAUCAGUCCGGAGUUGGAGGAACGAAUACAGCCUCUUCUCCCAAUGAUGGUUAUGCAGGAUAUGCCAGUGCUGUCAAGGAGGUACUACAAGCUGGUGCAAUGAGGCUUGAAAACGCCGCGGCCAGGAAACGGUAG